GGCGCGGGGCUGGUGCCGGCCCUGCCCUGCCCUGCCGCGCGCGGGCGGGGUGGGGAGGCCCUCGAGCAAGCGUCGUUCCGCCUCCCUCCCGCCUGGCCGCGGAACCGGCGUGUCCCCGCGCGGGGUUUCUGCGGGGCUUGGGGAGCCCAGGGGUGGCACAGCCCGGCGUUUGGCUGCCGGGAAGGAGCAGAGCGCGGUUUCCUCCUGUCCUAGCGAACAAGCUGCCGACAGCACCAGGAGAGCCAGUCGAGGGGCACAUGAAAUGUGGGGGGUGACUCGCUUUUCUGGACAGAAAGUGCCGUCUGUUGCUAGCCUGGUUGCUGUAUGAUAGUGGAAUUGUAUGUGGCAUCUCUCCAUUCAUGUGCUUUGUGUAUUGGAGGCCGUGACUAAUGUAUGUUUGUUGCUAUUAGAUGUGUUGAAUUGUGCCAAGGAAGCGCUGUAUUGGUGGGGGUGCGGGGAGGGGGCUCUGGGUGUUCUCCUCCUUGAGCUGACUCAUCACUUUUGCAGACUGCCUGCCUUUCCUAAAUGACACUGGAGUAAACCACCAGCCCACAGUCUUCCGUUGUGGAAAGGCUGGGAAGAAGCAAGCAAUGAAGGUGAUGCUUCUCGUAGCGUAGUAGUUGCAUCGCUAGGUCAUGCAUGGCCUUUGAUUCGGUGUUCCUCCAGGGCAUUUUAUGAGGUUUAACAGGAUUGACUCAUCAGCUGUUUAAAAGGUUGGGUUGUGCAAUGCUAUAUAGAUGCAGUCAAGACAGUCGUGCAGGACACUUGAGAUGACUGGAACUUGCAUGAAGGUGCGGUUUGUUGUUCGUAUAAUUCACCUGCAGUCCAUCAGUUGUGGUUAAAGCAGAAAGAUGGAGUGCAUGACAGGAGGUAUGCUAGGAAUAAGUAUUGAGCAUGGAUUUGUAAGGAACCAGGUGGUAUGCAUUAUGGAUUACGUACCGGGUUUAUCGUAUUUAUUGUCGGGUCUCACCUAUUUUGAAUAAGGGUAGAGCCUAGAUUAUUGGAAUCCUUAAAACGACAUAUUUUCUUGGAUAUAUCUGUACCUUUCCCCUGAAACCAGCUGGGGAAAAUUGGUAUUCAUGUUAUGUGUGAAGAAAAAGACUUCUCACUGGUUUGGGAGGGAGGGUGGAGCAUCAGUAGUGUUAAUUACUAUGGCUCUGGGAACCAAGGCAGUUAAUGCCGCCACCACUCCCUGCUUACGCCCCCUCGCCAAAUUUCUGGACCCACGAGGAGUCUCCCUCCCAGUCACUUACUGGAUUGGGACUGUGCGCAGGGUUGAUCUAUAGCUGGAUUCAGCAUCUGACCCAGCAUGUGGCAUGGGUUGGUUCCAGAGCCAGUGAACAGUCCAAAACUGGGACCAUGUGUAGCCCUGGAGGCAGUGUGCAGAGUUGAACCAUGUACACAGCCCUGGAGCCUGCACACUGGAUCAGGCCCCACCAGGCAGUAUAGCCCCAGCACUGGUAUGCCAGAUUGGGGCCCUGCCACAGUGUGCUGGGUUGGGACCCAGCCCCAGAGACCCCAGACUCCUGGUACUUACCCAAACUGCAGGGUAAGAUUUUAUUUUUCCUCCACUUCUUGGGGCCUCCCAAAAGUAUUUGGGGGCAUAUUAUAAGCAAGAAAAUAUAGUAAGUAGGAGACAGCACCCAGCAGAAGAGGUUAUGCAGGGUGUUGAGAGGGUGUUUAACUUGUUGCAGAAUGGCUUUCCAGACAGCUGUGAUGAGUUGACACCCAGGUUUUCAGAAGUUUAUUUUCUUUACUUCCACACAGGAAGUGCCCAGUUGUCUACAAGGCUGGCCAACAUGAGAGACUGAUUCUCAACAGUUGGAUUUGCAUCUCCCUGCUCCCAAAGCCUGCUGAAGCCCACACCAGGUCCAACUGAAGCAGGAGGAGGAAGGUGUACAGCCUGAUCAGGGAUAGAGACAUCUUGCAUCUUGAAGCAUGGAUUAGUGAUAAAGGAGGCUGCAGACUUGGGAAGGAAAGCAAGUCUGUUGGAAUAGUUUUCUCCUGUUUUGUGUCAACUUUUGGUCGAGUCUUUAGGAAAUAGAGCCUAUGAGAAAAGCUGUCAUGAUCUGCAUAUGUCAGCAAAAGCCCAAGAUGGAGACAACCUCUAGAAUACAUGAAUGUUUACCCUUACGGAAGUUGCAUCGCUUAAUGACAUACAGCCAACUUAUCGUAUCCUGAAACCAUGGUGGGAUGUAUUUAUGGAUUAUCUAGCUGUCGUUAUGCUAAUGGUUGCCAUCUUUGCUGGAACGAUGCAGCUGACCAAAGACCAGGUGGUCUGCUUGCCAGUAUUGCAGUCUGUUGUAAGUUCAAAAGCACAACCCGGCACAUCAGGGAAUGCUGACUUUAUACCAGCAACCACUGAAGCUGAAGAAAUGUCAAUGGGAACAGAUUCCUCUGAAGGUGCACCUACCAUAACACCACACAUACCUCUGAGCAGAGUCACGUCUUCUCAGUUGCGACCUACUGUAUCAAAUCAGGAGCUGAAGAAAGAGCAAAAAGAUUCAUUAGGGCGAAAAACCAAUUUGGAUUUUCAGCAAUAUGUAUUUAUUAAUCAGAUGUGUUAUCAUUUGGCCCUUCCUUGGUAUUCAAAGUACUUUCCCUAUCUUGCGCUCAUACAUACUAUUAUUUUAAUAGUCAGUAGCAACUUCUGGUUUAAAUAUCCGAAGACAUGCUCAAAAAUUGAACAUUUUGUGUCCAUAUUGGGAAAGUGCUUUGAGUCCCCUUGGACUACAAAAGCAUUAUCUGAAACAGCGUGUGAGGACUCUGAGGAGAACAAACAGAGACUCACAGGUGCCCAGUCCCUGCCAAAGCACGUUUCCACUAGCAGUGAUGAAGGAAGUCCCAGUGCCAGUACUCCCAUGAUAACCAAGUCUGGCUUCAAGUUUUCAGCUGAAAAGCCAGUCAUUGAGGUCCCCAGCAUGACUAUUUUAGAUAAAAAAGAUGGAGAGCAAGCCAAAGCCCUGUUUGAGAAAGUUAGAAAAUUUCGGGCUCAUGUGGAGGACAGUGACUUGAUUUAUAAACUGUAUGUUGUCCAGACAGUCAUCAAGACAGUCAAGUUUAUAUUUAUUCUUUGCUACACUGCUAACUUUGUAAAUGCAAUUAGUUUUGAGCACAGAUGCAAGCCAAAAGUAGAGCAUCUGAUUGGGUAUAAGGAGUUUGAGUGUACACACAAUAUGGCUUACAUGUUGAAGAAGCUCCUUAUCAGCUAUAUUUCUCUUAUUUGUGUGUACGGUUUUAUCUGUUUGUAUACACUCUUCUGGCUGUUUAGAAUACCCUUAAAAGAGUAUUCCUUUGAGAAGGUCAGAGAAGAGAGCAGCUUCAGUGAUAUUCCUGAUGUGAAAAAUGAUUUUGCAUUUCUUUUGCAUAUGGUAGAUCAGUACGACCAGUUAUAUUCUAAGCGAUUUGGUGUCUUUUUAUCAGAGGUAAGUGAAAACAAGCUGCGAGAAAUUAGUUUAAAUCAUGAAUGGACAUUUGAAAAACUUAGACAGCAUGUUUCUCGCAAUGCACAAGAUAAGCAAGAGCUGCAUCUCUUCAUGUUGUCAGGGGUCCCUGAUGCAGUGUUUGAUCUGACAGAUCUGGAUGUGCUGAAACUGGAGCUGAUUCCUGAAGCAAAAAUUCCAGCUAAAAUUUCACAAAUGACAAAUCUUCAGGAGCUCCAUCUCUGCCACUGUCCUGCAAAGGUUGAGCAGACUGCUUUCAGCUUCCUCCGUGACCACUUGAGAUGCCUUCAUGUGAAAUUCACAGACGUUGCAGAAAUUCCUGCGUGGGUGUAUUUGCUUAAAAAUCUCCGUGAAUUGUACUUGAUAGGCAACUUGAACUCUGAAAACAAUAAAAUGAUAGGACUUGAAUCUCUCAGAGAGUUAAGACACCUUAAAAUUCUCCAUGUGAAGAGUAAUUUGACCAAAAUCCCUUCUAAUAUCACAGAUGUGGCACCUCAUCUAACAAAGCUUGUAAUUCAUAAUGAUGGCACCAAGCUUGUGGUACUGAAUAGCCUUAAGAAAAUGAUGAAUGUAGCUGAAUUGGAACUACAGAACUGUGAACUGGAGAGAAUUCCACAUGCCAUUUUUAGUUUAACUAACUUACAGGAACUGGAUUUAAAAUCAAAUAGUAUACGCACAAUUGAGGAGAUCAUCAGCUUCCAGCACUUGAAAAGACUGACCUGUUUAAAGUUGUGGCACAAUAAAAUAGUCAACAUUCCUCCCUCCAUUUCCUGUGUAAAGAACUUGGAGUCACUUUAUUUCUCCAAUAACAAACUCGAAUCUUUACCAGCUGCGGUGUUCAAUUUACAGAAACUCAGAUGCUUAGAUGUAAGCUACAACUCAAUUACAGUGAUUCCAGUGGAAAUUUGGUCACUUCAAAAUUUGCAACAUUUUCAUAUAACAGGAAACAAAGUGGAGAGUUUGCCAAAGUCAUUGUUUAAAUGUGUAAAAUUGAGGACUUUGAGUCUGGGGCAAAACUGUAUUACCUCAAUCCCAGAUAAAAUUGGCCAGCUGUUGCAGCUAACUCAUCUGGAACUGAAGGGAAACUGCUUAGAUCGUCUACCAGUUACACUGGGGCAGUGUCGGCUUCUCAGGAAAAGCGGGCUCGUGGUGGAAGAUCACCUCUUUGAUAUUUUGCCUUCGGAAGUCAAAGAACUGUUGAAUCAAGACACGAGCAUUACUUUUGCUAAUGGGAUUUAGAUCGACGUGCACUGACUGACUUCUAAGCAGCAGAUUCUACAGUAUGAGUUAUUGCAAUGAUUGUGCAUCUUAGAAAUACAGGAGUUCUUUGUGAGGAAGAACUACUAGCAGGAUAAGAGAUGUAACUAAGUAUUCCGUGUUUUGUAGUGUUUUAAAAGAUCAUUUCAAAAUUUUUGAAGGGCGGGAGAACCUUAAUAAUCUCAAUUCUUUUCUUUUGAAUUGUUUGUAACUUGGAUGCUGCCGCUUUUGAAUGUUUACGGAUUGCUUGCUUGCUUAAAGUAAAUGAUUAAAUUGGUGACUUUUUCUUACUAUACAAGUUACUCGUUAAUGCCUGAAUUUAUUUUAGUGCAUUACUGGGGAAAAACAAGGACAAGUAUUUUUCUUAUAACAAGAUUCUAGAAGUGCUUGGAGUGCAUGCUUGUGUGCAAUUUAGUGUGAUUGUUCAAUUUUUAAGAAAAAAAAAUUAGAUUUGUUGCUAAGCAAACAGCAGUACAUCUGCACCUUGACAUGGGGGACUGCUGCUUCAAAACUUCCAUUUGUUUUACGGAAGGGUUCAUGACUUGUUUGAGGGAAGGGUGACCAUCUUUAUAAAAUCUUUCUCAUUAUAAAAUGCAGCAACGCUGUUCCUCUGCUUACAGUUCAGUUGCUGUUAAAUGGUGAAUGCCUCUCCCAUUCCAGAGCUAAUUGGUGUUCUCUGCUAUCCUCCUAGACCAGUCAGCUGAUUUGGGGAUGCAAUAGGGUAUGGACAUGUGACACAUUAAUAUAUUGCAGAUUGACAUUACUACAUAGAAAAACAAAGCAGGCACCCAAAACACAGUCCUCCUGCACAGUAUAUCAUUCAAAUCAAGGGUGAAGUUACUCCUUGAGAAAUGUGUAAUCAUUUUGCUGUAUGGACUGUGUUGCAUGUUCACUCUCAUAAUCAGUUCUGUCCUGAGAAACCACUUGCUCAAUGGAAACUGGCUUUCUUGCCACCUUAUCCACUCCUUACCACUUCUGUGGAGUCAGGCAG